CAAAGAAGAUAUGAAAAAAAAAUGGAACAAAAAUUGGAAGAGAAUUCGAAAAAAAUGGAAGAGAAUUCGAAAAAAAUGGAAGAGAAUUCGAAAAAAAUGGAAGAGAAUUCGAAAAAAAUGGAAGAGAAUUAUAAGAAAUUAGAAAAGAAAAUAGAAGAUAAUAAUAAUAAAAUUGUAAAACAAAUAGAAAAACAAAUAGAUAAAAAACUUGAAGCUGCAGAGAAAAAAAGUAGCAAAUGAAAUAAAAAUAUACAGCAUGACUACAAGAACCGGAUAGAAAAUGAGAGAACAGAAGUAAAUAGGAAUAUUCAAGAUAAUAUGAUAGAUAUAGAACAGAAAAUAGAGUUGCAGAAAUAAGAUAUAAUAAAAGUUUUAAGUGGUAGUACGUAAAAGAUCAGGUGAAAUUAGGCUAUGUUUGGAUGCAAGGAAUAUUAACAAGAUCACUGAAAAGCAAUUUGAAGCACCAAUGA